AUGACAGAUACAGUGUUCGGCAACAGUACUGAUCGGUGGAUGUGUCCAAACGACAGAGCAAUGUCUCUCCGAGCCAAAGUCCCUGCUGGGUGGUCCGUACGCGGGAACCAGCCAGAGCGACCGCGGACACAGGAGGAGCUGACGGAUGAAGAGAAGGAGAUCAUCAACCGAGUGAUAGCUCGAGCAGAGAAGAUGGAGGAAAUGGAGCAGGAGCGCAUUGGGCGCCUGAUGAACCGCUUGGAAGACAUGCGCAGGAGCGUGGCGGGGGACGGGGUGAGUCGCUGCAUCCUGUGCGGGGAACAGCUGGGUCUCCUGGGGUCCGCUUGCGUGGUGUGCGAAGACUGCAAGAAGAACGUCUGCACCAAGUGUGGGAUUGAGACGACCAACAGUCGCCCUCAUUCGAUUUGGCUGUGCAAGAUCUGCAGCGAGCAGAGGGAGGUGUGGAAGCGCUCUGGGGCUUGGUUCUUCAAGGGCUUGCCAAAGCAGGUGCUGCCGCAGCCGAUGCCCGUCAGCAAGAGCAAGCCGCCGCAAGCUCCUAGCGAGCCGGCCUCGUCUGAGCCGUCCGCUCAGGACCCGAAGCUGUACUCUCGCAUGCAGAGCCGAGGCGGCUCGGAGGAGAAGAGAGCAACAGGCAGGAAGCCAGGUGGUGAAGCGGUGGCGGCCGCUCCCGGGAGAGGAAGCUACCCCCCUCUGAGCCGUAAGCCAUCCGAGGCCAGAAUGGGCCCCAGUGGUGGCGAGUAUGCUGGCGGAGAGCCUGACCACUGGGAGUACUCUGCAGACAGCGAGGUCAGCCGGAGCCCCGGAGGUGUGAAACGUGCCAAUUCAGUUCAAGGCUCCAGGCCUCCUCCUCCGGCUGCCAGUCCCAGCCCUGCCGCCCAGCCAGCUCCUCCGGCAGGCAGCAGACAAGGCCCCGGUCCGGGGGGUAGAUUUCCCGAAAGACAAGCGAGCCAGUCGAUGGGUCCGCCCCAGGCCGAGCCCGUCUACUCGGCAGCUGCUCCCAGGGAUGAGAGAGGAGGUGGAGGCGGUUACCCGGGGGCCGUGGCGAGGGAGGAGAGGACCGCACGCCAGCCAGCACCAUAUCAGCAAGUGGCUGCCGUGCCCAUGCCGUCCACCCCUGCCCGUCAGCAGCAGCCACCUCAGGAUGAAGAAGAGGAUGAAGCCAACAGCUACGAUUCAGAUGAAGCGACCACAUUGGGAACGCUGGAGUUCAGCUUGCUGUAUGACCAGGAUAACAGCUCUCUGCAGUGCACUCUCAUCAAAGCCAAAGGCUUAAAACCAAUGGACUCCAAUGGCUUGGCUGAUCCCUAUGUCAAACUGCACCUCUUACCGGGAGCCAGUAAGUCGAACAAAUUGAGGACCAAGACUCUGCGUAACACGCGGAACCCGGUGUGGAACGAGACGCUGGUGUAUCACGGCAUCACGGAUGAGGACAUGCAAAGGAAGACACUCAGGAUCUCUGUGUGUGAUGAAGACAAGUUUGGCCACAAUGAAUUUAUUGGUGAAACAAGAUUUUCUCUGAAGAAACUCAAACCCAACCAGAAGAAGAACUUCAACAUCUGCUUGGAGAGAGUAAUACCGAUGAAACGUGCUGGGACAACCGGCUCGGCGCGUGGGAUGGCGCUAUAUGAAGAAGAGCAGGUAGAGCGUGGCAGUGAAGUGGAUGAGCGAGGCAAGAUCCUGGUGUCUCUCAUGUACAGCACCCAGCAGGGUCGCCUGAUCGUCGGCAUCGUACGCUGCGUGCACCUGGCCGCGAUGGAUGCUAACGGGUACUCGGACCCCUUCGUCAAACUUUGGCUGAAGCCCGACAUGGGGAAAAAGGCCAAGCAUAAGACGCAGAUUAAAAAGAAAACCUUGAAUCCUGAAUUUAACGAGGAGUUCUUCUAUGACAUAAAACACAGCGACCUGGCCAAGAAGUCGCUGGACAUAUCGGUCUGGGAUUACGAUAUCGGCAAGUCUAAUGAUUACAUUGGUGGGUGCCAGUUGGGCAUCACUGCCAAGGGAGAGCGCUUGAAACACUGGUACGAGUGUUUGAAGAACAAGGAUCAGAAAAUUGAGCGCUGGCACACACUACAGAACGAGAACCACGUUGCAAGCGAUUAGGAGUCUCUCGCCUUCCCCCCCGCACAAGUCUCUCAUGAAUCCCCCCGCUCUCCUGCCAGCUCACUGUAGAUCCCCCGCGUCUGUCCUCCAACACAUCCGCGCCUUGCGUGCGCAUCCUUGGAUCUCCUUGACGCCAGCGUUCGCUUUGUUCAUCAUCCCCCUUCCAAAAAAACACCCCGAUCUUCUUUUACAGGCAAAUCCAGCUUUCUUUUUUUUUUUCCCCCUGACCACUGAUGCAUACUUCUGUCAAGCAAUAGCCCCGUGCUGAGCAUUUCCAUUUGUCUCUUGUUUCUCACUAGUCUCACACGCGUCGUACAAUGAUUGCCUUUUCUCCUUGCUGAAAAUACUUGCUUCUUGAGGUGUUGAUCCACCUGGGCACGCAUUGCUCCGUCCUCACUUUUACCCAAGUCUUUCAUUUGUAUUUCUGCAUGUGUCCACCUCCUUCCC